AUUGUAGGUAUAUGAUGACGGUGAUUAUUUUCCUGCUGGCAUUGUGUGGGAUGCUUUUUGUUUCACCAUCUGUUGCAGGGGAUGAGCUACUCGCCUCCUACACUUACCUAAAGAGAGAGCAAAUUAUUGAUAAAGAUGGGUAUCGUAUAAGGGCAACAAAUGCAACAAUGGUGGCAGAGAUUCAUACAGUAUGUGAUAUAGAAAAUUGUACUUCAGACCCUGUCAGAAGAAGUGUUCGAUAACAUGGUGAUAUUCUUUCUGGUCUCCGUCACUACGAACAUCACAUGACAA